CAUACGCCAUCUUCUUUUCCCAGAAACAACAAACGAAGUAACAUCAUUGUCGAACAUCGCUCUAUUGGCCGAAAUGGCAGUGUAAAAGUGCGCCGCGACCCCGCCGCCAACAAAACAGUGCAUCCAGCCAGUGCACUGAGUCACUUCCAAUUCAGAAACAUGUCGUCCUACGUGGAAACCCUCACUGCUGCUGCAUUCGACAGCAUAAAAGAGUUCGAGACUUCCCUGUCCUCGUCACACACUCCUUUUGUGACCAACAACAGCCACUAUGACCAUGAUGAUGACAAACUCACAGUUUGGCCUGGAAGACAUGGAGGCCCUUCUCUGGGGACCUUCCUCUCCCAUGGCUGACGCCAUGACCUUAACUUCACGCCCUGACCAAGAAGAACAACAGAAAGGAGGAGGGGCCUCAUUGGAGGGUGACACUUCCCCUGUGUCACCCCUCACCUCCUCAUCGCUGUCCUCUUCCUCAUCUCCUCCUCCCUUCUACUCUCCACCUCCCUCGCCAUUGGCCGUCCUCCUCCAGGGGGACAAAGCUGGGAUGGAGUCUGACCUGCUCUCCCUCCCCUGGUUGGGCCACCCUGGUCAGCUGAGACACACCAUCUCAGAUGACAGCAAAGAGGAUGUGUUCUGUGACCUGGACUGGAUGGCUGAGAGGGUGGAUCUGUCUGAGUUUGACCUGGACUCCCUGAUUGGCUCCUGCAGUCCUACUGAAGAGUCCCCCAGCUGUCCAGAAGACCUCCUAGCCUCCCUGGAGUGCCCCAUGGAGCUUGACUCCCUCCCAAUGCCCACUCUCUCAACUCCUGCACUCUCGAGUCUUCCCUCUGCUUCUCUUCCGAGUAUACCUCCCCCUGCCCCUCCCACGGUCUGCUCAGAUCCUUUUAUCAUUACAGUGGAUGAGCCUGAAUCCUACAUUGAAGUACAGGAUGGUCCCUGCCUCCCCCUGUGUGUCCCAGAGCCACAGCAGGAGCUGGAAAUCAAAUCCGAGCCCACUUCUCCAGACCCCCCUUCUCCAGACCCCCCUUCCCCCUUGGUUGAUUCUCCGUCCUCCCCAGCCUACACCCUGGACCUGGGCAGUGAAGUGGACGUCUCAGAGAGUGAGGUGAAGCCAGUGGUAGCUUCUGUCGUCUCCCAAGUCCCGAGGCUUGUACUAACCCUCUCACCCACCCGCAUUGUCCUUGUGCUGGCUCCCAAAGACGAAGUCGGGAUCACCACCACCACUGUAACCACCACGUCACAAAUCGUUCAUUCCUCCCCUCCUCCAAAGUCCUCCAGAAGCAGACCAUACCCCGAGCCCACAUACAAAGCUAGUCCACCAUCUCCCAGUGCCUCCACUGUCAAAGUUGGAGAUGAGAGGGCAACUUUGAAGACCCCGAAGACCAAGAAACUGAAGAAAAUGGCGCAGAAUAAGACGGCCGCCACACGUUACAGGCAGAAGAAGAGAGCCGAGCAGGAAUGCCUUGUCGACGAGCACUCUGUGCUGGAGAGGAAGAACAUGGAGCUGACGGAGAAGGUGGAAUCCUUGGCCAGGGAGAUCGAGUACCUGAAAGAGCUGAUGGAGGAGGUCAGCCAGGCCAGGACCAACAAAGGUCUCGGUGCUGACCCCUAGUGGUCUGACCUAAUAAUGACAUAAUUAACACUUCAUAACUACACAUUAUGAAGUGUUUAAAAAAUAUUUUAUUUCUUUUAAUGCAAGCAAGUAUCCGUAAAGUAUGUGUUCUGUCCACACAGCAUGUCUUGGAUCCACAAUCCAGUAAAACUGAUGUUUUUCAGAAUACCUCCUUUUACCUUUUACACUGGUAUUAAAUAGAGAUUACUUUUAUCAUUUUUAGAGUAGUUAUAUGGAAACAAGUAUUUUCCAUUCAGUAUAUAUCAUGUGUUUUCAGUAUAUAUCUUGUAUUUUUUGUAAUGUAUGUUAAAGUUUCCUAUAUCUGGACCUCAGUAACCUGCCAGUAGGAUGUAUUUUUAAAAUUGUGUAUUGUAGUAUAACUGGACCAUCUGUAUUAUGAAUCUCUUAAUAAAGAGUCUUAAAAUGAAUAA